AUGGAAAUACAAGACCUAAACCCCGCUGUCCACCUACAUGCCCUCAAGGCCGGCCUCCGAUCCGGAAAGUUCAGAAAGACAAUCGCGGUCACUAAGCUGAAGACAUUAGAAGAGUUCCGAGAAAGAGCAGCUGGACAAAUGGAGAUUGAAGAACUCUGUGAGGCCAACAAAACAGAAAGAAAACCCAGAAAGGAGGAAGACAGAGUGCAAAGGUCGGUGAACAGUAAAGAACUCGGCAAACCAUUCAAGCUCACCCCAAAAUUCGACAACUACACCAGAUUUAACACAAGGAGGGAAAAGAUCAUCAAAGAAAUACUCAACGCCAAAAUCAUAAAACUGCCGGCAAGAGCUGGGAGCUAUCAAGACCAGCGAUUUAUUGACAAAAGCAAGCACUGUGCCUUCCACCAGAAGUAUGGACACACAAUCAAUGAGUGCGUGAUAGCCAAAGAUCUCUUGAAAAGAUUAGCUCAACAAGGCCUCCUAGAUAAAUACAUCGAAGGAAGAAAACACAAAGAGGGUGACAGGGACAAAGAAGAAUGCCAACAAACCUCGAAAAGCAAGGAAGCCAAUAAAUGGUCAAACAACACCCCACCUAAAGGGGUUAUAAACUGCAUAUCCGGAGGAUUCGUCGGGGGAGGCGAAACAACUUCGGCGAGAAAGCGUAGCUACCAUGGAAUGAUGGCAAUCGAAGGAACAAUACCACAUAGCAACAAAAAUGUACCCGACCUAGAAAUCACUUUCAACCAGGAGGACAUAUGCUCGGCCGCACCACACUCAGACGACCCAGUGGUAAUUUCCAUCCAAACAGGUGAGCUAUUGGUAAGAAAAGUCCUUUUGGACCCAGGUAGUAGUGUCGAUGUUCUUUUUUAUACUACUUUUCUAAAAAUGAAAAUAUCUGAAAAACUCAUACAACCCUCAUCCGGAGAACUAGUCGGAUUCUCUGGAGAAAGAGUUCCAAUCAAGGGUUACAUAUGGUUAAGAACAAUGAUGGGAAACCACCCAUUGUCAUGGAUCAUUGGCAUACAAUAUCUUAUAGUUGAUUGCCCUAGUCCUUAUAAUAUUAUCCUCGGAAGACCAGACCUGAACAUGUUUAGGGCAGUAGUUUCAACUUUUCAUCUAUGUGUCAAAUUCCAGGCACAGGACGGAAAGAUAGCGACACUCCAUUCAGAUCGCCAACAAGCUCGACAAUGCUACAAUGCAAGCCUAAAGAAGUCGGCUCCAGGAAAAGAUGUCUAA